CCAAAUCAAUAAUUUUGUGUGAUACUUAAAUUUGUGGCAUUAAUCACAAUGUUUCUUAUCGUUCUUGUUUCUGGUAUAGACGGAAGAGAAUCUUGUUUAUUUAGUUAAAUUUGUGAAAUAAAAACAGUAAUGUGUUAGUAUGUUAGUAAAUCAGUUUUCUUCAGUGUUUAUAGUGUGAAUCAAUGAAAAUAGAGUAUACAUUUGAAAAUGGUUCACCAUCCAGACAUUUUUAGACCUGAGGGUACACUAGCAACCAAUGAAAUUAAAAAUAACAACAUAGAAGCAAUAAAAAAGAAGCCUGAUACGGUUUUCCUGUAUUUUACAGUUGUUACAGCUGUACUAUUAAUGAUAACUGGCGGUACAACUUUAGUAUGGCAGUCCCCAGCAAUAAUUAAAUUCAAAUCGAACGAUACAGAUGUUAACCCACUGGGUAAGCCAAUUGAAACCAUUGAAAUAUCCAUACUAGCAGGAGUUCCGAUGAUGAUGUCACUCAUUGGAGGAUUAGUACUACCAAAACUAGGAGACCUGAUUGGAAGAAAAAAAGCACUGCAAUGUUUAGGACUAGCUAUGCUGCUAUGUUUAACAGGAACAGCUUUCAGCAAUAGAUUUUAUUUAUUUGUUAUUUUAAUUAGUUGUUCAUGCAUCAUUUACAACGGUAUUUGGGGAUUGCUUCCAAUUUAUUUGAUAGAAAUUUCAGAGGAUCAUAACAGGGCUAAAUUUGGUUGUCUUUUGGCUGUAUGUAUGCCUCUAGGGCAGCUCUAUUGUUAUGUUGUCGGUUCGGUCUUUAGCAUAAGAUAUUUCACUCUACUGAAUGCGUUACCGUUAAUUCCUUUUUUAUUACUCUUUCUUUUUGCUCCAGAAAGUCCCGUUUACUCCUUGUUAAUAGGAAAACAAGAUGAAUGUAUGGAAACUUUAAAGAAGUUAAGAAGCAACAAAAGUAAAACGGAAAUUCAAGAUGAUUUUGACAAAAUAAAAAUUGCUUUAGAAGAACAAUCCAAAAAUACAAAUUUUUCUUUGAUUACCAUUUUCAACACGAAAGCAGGUAGAUUAGGUUAUUUUUUAGGCGCAUUACCAAUGAUUGUACAAUUUUUCUCGGGAGUCCCGACCGUUAUGUCACUAAUGGCUCCUACUUUCAACGAAAUUGGGAUCAUAUCUGGAAAUACCAUUGCUAUAGUUGUGGGAGCAGUUAAAGUAUUUAUUUAUUUAUUUACAUCGUUAGUUAUUGAAAGAACUGGUAGAAGACCUUUACUUCUUAUAUCAUCAAUAGGAGCUGGACUAGCAGUAUCCCUAGUAGGAAUUUAUUUUUACGUAAAAGAAAUUAAUUCGACUGCCCUUGAUCAACUUCAAUUUCUGCCGGUGUUGGCCAUUAUAGCUUACGUUGUUUUAUAUUCUAUAGGACUUGGACCUAUUCCUGUAGCUGUGAUGAGUGAAAUGUUUCCUGCCGAUCUUAGGCCAAUAGGUAAUGGUUGCAUAACGACUAGUGGUGGAAUUAUUCUUUCGGUAGUCACCUUCUCCUUUCCUCUUCUAGUCGAACAUAUUGGAACACAUUGGUGCAUGUUUAUUUUUGCUCUCAAUUGUUUCUUGGGUGCGCUGGUAAUUUAUUUUAUUAUGCCGGAAACUAAAGGGAAGAGUGUCGUAGAGAUACAGAAAAUAUUGAAGGAAUUUUAAAAUAGUCUUUUAUGAGAAUUGUGGAAAAGUACGAGUAUUAUGUGUUCACACCAUUAUUCAGUUAUUUGCCCAAAAAGGUUGUUAACCCUACAAUUCUAGAUAUAUUAUUAGGAUUAUUGUAAAUCCAAUUCACAGAUAUAGAUAGGUAAUGGGAGUCGUUUAAUAACAGCUUUUUUUAUUUUUUAUAUUUAACAUCCUUCGGACCUCCCGUGCCAUCACCCUAAUCCUUGUGUAGCCUGGCAGCACUGCAUCUAGCAGCUUAUUGUACCACCAUUCGAAGGUCCUACUACUUUCCCAUUCAUCAAUUUACUCCCUCAUUUACCGUCAUUCAUUCACAUCGUCGAUGGUUAAACGGUAGUUGGCUAAGUCCCAUGGUGCCACGGCCCAUGGUGGAACCUCCCAGCGGUCACCCAUACACAACGUGACAAAAAAGAUCACUGCUUAACUAUUGCGAGAAUGUGGAUGCACACCAAACUCGUGGCUAGACUCUACGGCUAACAAAAGCUUUCUUUGAUGCUAAUGUAUUAUGUUUUCAAACGUUCGACAAUUCUCCAAUGGUGUACCUAAUAGUUUUUUCAUUAGAAUUCAAAGGAUUGUUUUUAAAGUAUUUUAUAAAUGACAAAUUUAAAAGAAAAUGCAUUUUUAACAUAUUUUUUCAACAAAAUAUAAAUUUCGCUGGUUUUAUUCGAAUGUAAUAAACGAUAUUAAUAAAAAAAAUUUGAGUUUCAAAUGAUAAUGAUAAUAAUAAUAAUAAUAGAAUUUUUAUUCAUCAUUUAAUUAAUAACAGAUGGAACACAAUUUUACAAUGUUACGCAUAGUUAAGCUUCUAGGAAUGACAAAGCAUGAAAAUAAAUCUGUUCUUCCAGUCAAUCUUAAAUGAAACUAAGAAUAAUUUAUAAAAAUAAGAUCUUACCUAAUUUUUAUACAAUUAAUAGUCAGUUAUGAAAUGAAUUACGAAACAACUUAUUUUGUGUAACGGAACGAACAGAGCGAGGUCACGCAAAAUGAACGAGAUAUUUCAAAUAUUUUUUAAAAUAAAAUACCGAUAUUACUUUCGUUGCAUUGUUGGUUGCAUAAUUUUCAUUCUCUCUGACAUAUUCAGAAAGAAAAUCAUAAUUAUUCUCAACCAUUAUUUAUUAUUUAGGUACCUACGUCCUAGUGUUUAAGAUAGUUGGUAAUUUUGUCAUAUAUAGAUGGAAACAGUGUUUUGUUUAUUUUAUGCAGAUUUAGGAUGGAAAAUAGAGA